UUUCGUUUGUUUGUUGAGGUUUGGUAAUUUUUGCGAUGAAAAUUGAUGUUUUCUUAGUGAACGUUCGAUAACAAUGUUUUUACGAAUUGCAUCAAUGUGAGAUUGAUAAAGCUAGUAAUCAUGAAUGUCUUAGAGAAGGCAGAAAAGUCAUUGGAAUUUUUGAAAAGCGGUGAAGGAAGUGCGAAGAGCCAUGAGCUGCAGGCUGCUGCUGGUACACUGGGUCGUUGUUUAGGAGCACUGGGAAGUCGUCCUAAUUGUGCCAGACAUUAUGCAAAUUAUUUAAACUCUGCUGUACCUAUUUUCUUGUCUUUGGCUAGCAAUGAUAGUGCUGAAGUUCGUCUAGUAGGAGAUGAGGCUUUGAACCGUGCAGUUGCUGGAGGAUUUGCUUUCCAUUCAUAUAAAGUAAACAUUAUACUACAAAAUCAAAUUGACCAGAAUAAAAAUGCAAGAUGGAUACGAGCAGCACUCUCUCGUAUAUGUCUUGGAGACUGUUGGUUACGUCCAGGUGUAGGGAAGAUACGGAAUCAAGCACAAACAUUGUUCCCAAAGCUCAGCCAGAUAGUGCAACAUACAAAUGAAAUUCAACUUAUCGUGGAGGCGUUAGAAUCUAAUUUGCCACGUAUUUUAAAGGCUUUAGCUGAGUAUACAACUGAUGAGGAGAUUUCAGAGCUAUCAAAAGCGUUACUAUCUCAUGUGGAUUGUUUAGAAGCUUCUGUACGCAGAGGGAUAGCGAAUUGCGUUGCUCAUCUCACUUCAUACAGAGAACCUUUACUCACGAAUGUAUUAAAUAAAGUGUUUGAAAAUCUUUGGCCGACUGCCACAAGUGAUACAAUGAUUGUUGGAUGGUUUUGUGUUGUCAAAGCAAUGUUUCAAAUCAAUGAUAUGGACAAGUUCACUGAUAAUGAUUUAUUCGGUGUUCAGGAUUAUUUAGAGUUAUAUCAUCUAUGUAUACAUUAUCUGGAACAAACAAUGGAACAUAAUAUACAGAAUGCAGUUUUGGAAUGUCUGUCUGUGUUGCUCGGUCAGGCUAGCGCUGAACAGAGGAAAGCCUUGUUAGAAAAACAUCCAAGAAUUGUGUGUUUAGAUGACAGGAAAAGUGAAAAAGGACAUAGAAGGAAUAUUAGUUCAGUGAGCGCGCUGUCGUGCGUGCGCGGCGCCAGCCCUCUGUCGGCGGGGGCGGUGGCGGUGCGCGGCGCGCUGCGGCUGGGCAGCCUGCUGCAGCUGCACUCGCCCGCGCGCAGCCUCGAGGAUCUCACCAUACAGACGCCAGAUUCACCAGCAAGUGAUACGGAAAUAAAUUUACCCGACACAGAACAAUUAUCGAAGGAUUUAGUUGAGAAAUUGGAAGAAAUGGAUUUAACCGAACAUUGUGAUGAUGAUGUUAAUAUCUCACAUGAAAGUUCUUUUAAGAUCAGUAUCGGGUCAUCAACUGACGAUGAGGUAGUGCUGAAGUACUGCGCCAGAUUGCUGGCCUCCAAGUUCCUACUGACUGGAAACAAGGGGGGGUUCAUACCUGACAGAUCUGUCAGAGUGUCAGUGAAGGCGUCAGCUCUGACUUGUUUGUCAGAAAUCCUGCGUCUCUUCCCGCAAGUUAUGACGAUGUAUUUGGAUAAGGAUGUUGAUAGUAAAAUGCAGAAUUAUUCCGGAUCAUCUGAAGGUGUUAAUUUCUGUCAAGAUAAUAUUAACGAUUUUAUACUAGAAAGAAACGUUUGCUAUCAAGAUUCAAUAACGGAAUCAACGAGUCAAGAAUUAUCACACAAGAGCACAGACAGUCAGACAAACACAACACAAUUAACAUCAAAGAAAUCAACGGAAAAAGAUAGUCCUGAUAGAAAGAGUUUUAAUACUCCAUUGAAUCUACAAGAUAUAAGACUUUUAGGCAAAAUGGACCUUAUUGCUAGUGGAAUAAGUGCUGAUAGUACUGCAAAUAUGUCUAAUAGUAAUUUUACUACAAAUUCUAAUAUGACUGGAAGCAAUGAUCCAAUAUCUUCAGGAUAUCCGAUGUCAAGUAGCGGAGAUGUUUUAUCUUCUAGUAUAGAUUUGGAUAUGAAAUUCGAUCAUUUCGGUGAAUCUAAUACUAUGGAUAAUCAAGAAGUAAGAGUAAAGAAGGAUAAAAUGAUACAGAAGAGUGAAGAGAAGAUCGAUGAUGUGGAGAAAGAGUUUGAAAAUCAACAUUUAAGUGAUGUUUUUGUGUUAGAGUGUCACAGUGAUCCACAGAUUAGAGGUUUAGUGAGGGUUUGUGUUGGGAAUUAUUUGAUAUCGGUUUUGGAUUUGUCUCAUGGUGAUUAUAAUAGAUGGCGCUGUUAUACUAUUAUGUCAAAAGAUAUCGCAGAUUAUCUAAGUAUAGAGAAACUUAUGGAUAUUAUAUUAAAGGGUCUCUCCGAUGAUAUAUAUUCAACAGUAAACCAUACAUUGUCAGUAUUAACCAGUUUAUCUAGAGCCCUCUUCAAUAGUGCCCAUUGGACGUUGAUGAUUGAAGUGUUGAAUUCUCUAGUAAAUGUGGAGAAUAAUAAUUACUGGUUGUGUAGAGUUAAUUUGUGUAAAAUGUAUGAGAAAUUGCCUUAUCAAAAAUUCUUCAUGUUAUGUCCAGAGUAUUAUACAAGAAGUGAGCAAAUUAUGAACACGUUGUUCCGUCUUUUAGCCGAUCAAGAUCAGAAGGUCAGGAAUGCAGCUUCACAAACUAUUUCUAUUAUAAUACCAAAAAUAUACCCAUCAAGGAAAGAGACGCCGAUAUCUAUGAUGAUAGAGACAGCGAGAGAAGAAAGUGAAGUGUUCAAUUUUGAUAAUAACAAGUGUGCGUUGGAUUUAGUGAGGAAUAUAUAUUUUUAUAAUGAUUUACCAUCACAAGUGAGGGACGGUGAUGUGAUGAACUGUGAUGCGCUGAUGAUGAUAGUGGGUGAUCUGGUGCAACGGCUGAUGUCCUCGAACUGCAAGUUUUAUUCGCAAGGUGUACUGGAAGCGCUGGUGGCGGUGUGCAAGCGCUGGUCGGCCAAUAAGUAUGAGAAACUUAAUAUUUUGUUUUUUUUUUUUUCAGUUGAAAUCCAUAACGUGAUGCAACACAAAACGACAAAUAGAGAUAUAUUCGAACGUGAUUAUCAAAAUAUAACAGGGAAAUGGCAACAUUUGGACAAUGAGAAAGUUGCCAGUAUAGCGGAGAAGUUUCUAGAAGUUACUUUAAAGAUGUUGAAUGUGCUGGUGCAUCUGAUAGAGGAGGUUAACCCUAAUGUGCAUUUAAAUAAGAGUGGUAUUGCCUUGCCUGGCAGCCCUGUGCGGAGAAAGACCCAAGAUCCAAUCCAAAGACGAGGAAGUACAGUAUCCCAGGAUAGUGACGAUAAAGGUUCCCUAAAGAAGAAAGUACCGACGCCCGCUACCAGCUUAAAGGCUAAUUUCUCCGGACAUUUCUAUACAGAACCCUUUUAUAUGAAGCUGUAUGAGAAUUUGAGAGCUAUGUACUCUAAUCAUAAGAUAAAUCUAGAUCCAAAAGGCAGUAUAUUUUAUGAAUUCCUAGCUACAGUACUGAACUGUUUAGCGAUUCAACUAGAAUUGGCAACAGAGAAGGAGUUCGGUUACGUUACUGAAGAGAUAUUGUAUUAUCUAAAAGUUAUUAUGCCUUUCUGUCCAAAUAAAACUGUUUAUUGCAUAACGCAAUUAUUAAAAUGUCUCUUCGGUACAAAUAUGAUCAACCAAUACAAUGAUUUUAUGAGUAUUGCUGAUAACGAGAUGUUACCAGUUAAAACCAGUUUUUACCGGAAUGUGAUGUUGGUAAAUCCAGUUUCAUGCAGAGAAGAUUCUGGAAGAAGUAGUAUUUGUUCGAAUACGAGUCAGAAAUUGUCUCUGGAUACGAAAAAUCCGAAAAUGAUGGAAGAAAGACAGAUGUUGAUAGCUUUGGAGAAUUUUUCCAAGAAUAAAACAGAUAGGAAAUGGAGUACAAAUAAAAAAGAAUUGGAAAGAUAUAUACGGUUGUUUGAACCGGUUGUAAUACAAGCAUUGAAGAGCUACACGAUGCAGAACGACAUCCCGCUCCAGCGUGCGGUACUGGCGCUGUUAGACCAGCUACUGGCAUUGCGUGUUAACUACUGCAUGCUGGACAGUGACCAGGUCUUCAUUGGCUUCUUAAUGAAACAACUGGAUUUGGUGGAGCAGCAUGAGAUACCAAAUUGCUGUGAACUGGUGAAUAGCAUAUUGCUAUUUUUGGUACAACUGUCUUCAUCGAAACAUCACACGAAACAACUUAUAGAGAUACCAAAGCUGAUACAGUUAUGCGAUGGGUUGAUGGCAUCCGGAGCACACGCGGAAUGUAUCGCAGGACUAGAGCCAGUUGCCGUUAGAGUUUUUAGUAAUAUGGGAGGCAGCAGCGUGCUCGGCCGCACUCAGCAGCAAGAGGCACAAGCCACGAGGGAAGUUCUCUUCUACAUGCUGCAGAAGACUAUGCAUCAACCCAAAGUUCUAGAUCUCGUAUCCUGCGUCCUAUCUCUAUCCCAGGACCAUCCGGAGAGUUACUACAGAUGGUCAGAGCUGGCGAGUGACACAUUACUCAAUUUACUGACACAGAGGAGCAUAGAACUUGACAGUUGUGACGCUGUCAGCUCUUUAGAGAGGCUUCUUGACUCUGUGUACAAAGAUGUGUUGUUAGAGCAGAGCAGAGUUGAAGUUCUUUUAAAGAUACUGUUUAAAGCACCACCGGAUCAGGCAACAACACCACGGAAGCUGAAAUUACGAUAUCUAUCGAUAAUAAUGAUAUUACUUCGAAAAGUUCUAGUUUUGAUACCGGAGAGUGAAAUUUUAUUAUCAAUAAAUUAUUUAAAAUCGACAUUUAUAUCACCACAGUCGAUAUUUUUCAACGCAAAGCUAGAUAUUGAUCCGUUAAAUGUUCAAAAUAUCAAUGAAAAUUGUGCAAACCUUUCACCAGAUGUGGUCUUAGUGAGGUUUCUCUUUAAAACUCUGACGUUUGCGAUCUUAGAGAUGGACGAUUGUCAAACGAAUUUAGACUUUAAUCGUGAUGGAAAUAAGGAUGAAUUGCUUUAUUCUGUUUGUGUGAAUAUUAUAGUACAUGUGAAGCAUAUGCUGCAUUUGACAGAUGGCUGUUUAUUCCCAUUAACAGCUAAAACGGCACAGAAUAUAUUACACAAUGAACAAAGCGGACUGAAUACUGGUCUUUACAGUCCCGAGGAGAAUAUUCCACUCGACCAUCUUAACUUGAUCUGUCUGAAGUUCGCUCACAGACUGCCGCUGCUCACCCUGCAUUGGUCGCAUCUAUUGAUACGGUUGAAUUUCCUAUCUGAGAAGUAUUGGCAUAAGUUAAUGAUAGGGUGCGGCGUGGGCGGGGCGGGGGGCGGGGUAGAAAACGGUCUUACUCAAGUGGUGCAUUUAACAUGGCUUCUAGUCAACAGAGUUCAUAUUUUAAUAAGUCAAUAUAAUGAAGAAAUUGUACAGAGUUUGAUAUCUAAAGUACAGGAGAAUUCUGUAGCGUCGGGAUUAUUGUUGCAAGCGAUUGCCGCUAGAUGUCAGUGCUGUUUGAAGGACGAAUUCGCACUAAACAUAUACAAGGUGCUGUCUCAAUGUCACGAGAGUCAGUCUGGUGCUUUGAUAUUUCUCAUUUGUCGUAUUAUUGGUAAACUGGAGCCUGCGAUCGCUGUCAGAUUUGCUAAUUUGGCAACGGAAAGGUGUAAAAUGUUAUCAGAAAUUCCCUCAGAAGAUAUAAAAUCUCAGCUCACUAAAGAAGAUUUACAAGUCGCGUUGGAAUCAUUGCAGAGAGACAAAGUUCAUGUUAGAUAUCCAACAUUAGUGGUACAAUUAAACAAGCUGUCGUCGAGUAACUUCGACUUGUCGCCGCUCGACCUGACGUCGGAGCGAGUGGUGAGCGCGCACAACGUGCUCACCACUAAUGUUGACGCUAACUGGCUUAUAAAUGAAAUUAAAAUAAGAUGUCACGCAAAUGGUACAUUACAAAAACUGUCAAAAUACAACGAUUUAGCUCGACUCCUGUCAAAUCUGUCUAAAGAAGAUUUAUUGACAGUCAUGUCGUGUCCUGAAUUUGACAGGAAAAUAUUAGCUUCAUGCUUCAAAGUGUCUUGCGAUACAUUUACAAGAGAAUUCUUGAAUAUUCUAUCUGUUUCUGAAGCGAAAGAGAUGGAGAGAGAGAAGGAGAGAGAAAAAGAGACUGUCAAAAAAGAACUAGAGACAUCUGUUGACAGUAAUAAACUAAAUGUUGUCAAUUUGCAUGUAUUUAAAAGAAGUGACAGUAAAGAAUCGAAAUCACAAUUCUUCAUACCAAUAAAUGAAAAUGAACAGAAAGGUUUUGGAAAUUUAAAAAUCUCCGAAGAGGAGAUAGAGAUGACGCUUCCAGAAUUGUCAGAUUUAUACCAAGUGUCAAUUCUGACGUUAGAUAAAUCUAUAAGUGAGAUUUUGAGGUUAUUUCCUAAACAAAAUCGACCUUUAAGUCAAUCUGAGACAUUUAAUUUAAACAUAGAGCAAACAAUAGAUAGAUAUACAAGAAGAUGUCAUCAAGUAUUUCAAGAUAAAUUAUUUUAUAAAGAAUUUAUGAUAGUUCAUAGUAUUUUGUUUGGUUUUUUAAAUUCUUUGGACAGAUUGAUAGCUUUGGUAGAUGACGUUGAUUGCGAUUUAUUAGAGAAAUGCAUAGAUAAUAUUAUACCUGCAAAUUUGUGUAAGAAUAUAGCGAUAUUUUCCGUUGUUUCGUUGCAAUAUUUAUCUUUUUUGAUCAAGAAUAAGAAAGAAGUUGAGAGUCCUGUGCACGCUGAUGUGUCGUUUAGAGCGACCGCAAUGGAAACUGAGAAUAUUGUCGUGGACUAUGUGAUUGUGGAGACAGUACAUAAUGUGGCAAAAGCGUUGACUUUCAAAGAAAUUUGGUCAGAACUUAAUGUUGAUAGUAACUUUAAUAGGAUACAAUCAGCAAUAAGUUGCUUAUUUGCGGUGCUUAAGUACUUAGUAAAAGACACAAAACCGUUAAUACUAAAACACCAUAUGCCAGUACAAGAUACAGGUCCGAAACCGGAUUUUAUACUAAUCUCAGACAGACUUAUAACAAUGGUGCAGUACUGGGAACAUAAUUUUUAUACAAAACAUGUGGGAAAUGUACUAGGAAAAGGUCUGAGGAAACCUAUAGAAAGUCUACUUAUCAGUCUAUCUAGAUUAGAAGUGGUCAACAAUAUAGCAUUAAUACCGCCGAUAGCGUGGUCUUAUGUCGAAGUGACCGUGAAAAAUGAUACUAUACAAAAGAUAGACUUGCCUCUACAAGCUUUACAAGAUAUGGAUGUACUAGAAUCAUUUUUGUUCAGAGUGAAUUUAUUGGGGUGGUCGUGUAAGAAGCAGUUCGAGGAGAUGUGGGUGGGCGUGCUGGGCGCGCUGGCCGGCAACGGCACGCACUGGGCGGUGCGCGGCCUCCAGGGCCACUGGCCGGCGCACACGCGGGCGCUGCUGCACGCACUGGCGCGCUGUCUGCCAGUACUCUACCCCUGUGAGGGUAUGCAGGAGCUAUCAACAGUCCACCAGAAGCUGCUGAAGUCUCUCACAUCGAGCUACGCGCCGCUGCGGCAGGCUGCGCUGCACGGCUGCCUGCUGCAGCUGGGCGCGGGCCCCGCGGCGCAGCUGCUGCCCGACCUGGUGGCCAGCGUGCGACACCAUCUGCAGCGACACCAGCGCACCAGGAUAUCCCUGUACGAGCAGAGUUUGUACUGGACGGUGCUGUUCUCGCUGGUGGAGCUGGGCCAUCCGGAGCUGGUGACCCUCGCCGCAGACUUCGUGCUCAGCCAUCCCACACAUUAUUGUACCGCUCUUGUUGUACGGGGUAUAACGACAGUAAUUCGAAAACAGAUAUUACCAAAAGAUCUGAAGAAUAAUGUGAUAGAGAAACUAUUGGAUAAUUCAACCAAGUACAGUGAAGAACAUGCCAUACAAAUAUUAAUGGUUCAUCUGUUUUCUGCUGAUAGUAGACUAUUAAGUCCAAAACUGACUAUUGACGUAUCAAAUAUGGACCCCGACGUACUCAUGAGUUCUAUGGAGAGAAUUACAUUAUUAUACAAAACUCUAAAGCGUUCCAAAUUAAAAGAGAGUAAGCAGAUACUGGCAGAAGCUCUCAAAUACUUUUUGAGAGAAACUCUCCCCCCAGCUGCGACUUUGAGUAGAGUUGUGAUGGAGUUUAUUGAGUGUUGUCGGGAGACUGAGGGGAGAUUGGGUUUAUUGAGUGAAAGAGAGAAAUGGAUUCAGAGUUCUGUUUUGAACGCUGAAGUUGUUUAUGUGGUAUUUGAAACUGCAGUCUCACAGGACCAAUUACCAGUAUUAAGUGGUUGGAUUUUCGAAGCCUUAUGUCAUUUAUUGACGGGCAAAAUAUCCUCAAAUUUACUACCAUAUUGUGUCCUGACUAUUCUAGUAUCGGCCAGUUCAAACCGGUUUAUACGUAAAAUGUCUCCGCUCUGCUACCAUGUGUUCACUAAUAGUUUAACUAACGAUAACAAUAACGACAAUUGGCGUGUAUUUAGCGAUACGGAAACGAUAAAUGGAAUCACAUUUCUUAAUAAAAGGUUGUUAUGUGUGGUUGCGGUGCAUUCUAAUUUUUCAACAUCUCAGUUGGUGAGGUUGAAAGAAUUGUGUGGUAAUAACGAUUGUUUGAAUUAUUUAAUGCAGUGUUUAUCUCAGUAAUUGGACUUAGAAAGAGAUGGAUGGAUUGCGUGAAAGGUGACAUGAUCAAGGGAGUGAUGACUGAGAUGACCUAUAUACUUAU